AACUCCUAUGGAAUAUAAAAGAUGGCUCAAAGAAAGAAAUAGUCAGCAACAACAACAACAACCUAGGUCGUUACUAAUAGAUAGUGCUCCACCUAAUAAAGUAACUCAUUCUACUGAAAAUGAGGAAAAGAUGCAUUCGUUCCUUUCCAAGUUUCAAGUGGAAAGGAAAAGGGAAUCAACUGCUGACCUAAGCAACUUGGACUGGACAACACUUUCUGAUAACUUGUCGGUGUUGCAUCCUAAUAAAACAAGUAAGAGGGAUGAAGAACAAAAGUUGGUUGGAAGGAGGGAAUCAACGAGGACCAGGGAAACAGAACAGUUAACUGUUCCAGUAGAUAUGAGUUUGAAAACAGCAAUCAAGUUGGAGUUGCAAAUACAAAACAACAAGCAAGGACUAGAGUGGAUACAAAAUCAAGUUGAACGUUUAUGCUUUCAACAUAUAUUUUAUUCAUCCAACGUAAACGAAGAAAACAAAGAAUGGAGUAGCAAUAUGCUUUCUUUAGUGGACACUUUGAAACAAGUGGCGACCAUCUUUACCUAUCCAGCAUUACAAGAUACAAUAGAUGAUACUGUUAUCAGCCAACAGGAUAAGACAGAUGCCAGUAUGUGGAGUCAUUCCAACGCUUUCACAAACAAGACAAGUCAUCCAGUCAAGGAGUAUUGGAUAGGUGAAGAAUAUAUUCAAUGUAAAAAUUGGCAACUUGCCUUUCAUUCGGUAUAUCAACAAUGGAAGUUGGGUCAUAACCAAUCUAUUUAUGUUAUUUUUGAAAAGUUUGUGAUUAUUUUCGUUUCUUUCUAUUCUCAAGGAAAUGACUCCCAUACUUGUUUGGCUAUAACAGAAAAUGUUCCAACAAGAAUCAAACAAGCUUUUGAUAAAGCAGGUAUUGAAUAUGAAAUCAAACAAACAACAAGUAUGGAUAUAAAACCUGGAAUCCUACGAGAUAAUAUCGAAUGGCAAUCAAAAGGACAAACGAUAUUGUUCCAAGGUCAUCUCCAAGUUCAUGCUCUAUAUGAGUUGAUUUGGAACGAAAUCCCUCAGUGGAGAAAACUAUUCCUGAAGAGAGUUCCUACCAUCGUUUCUGAUAAAGAAUUUCUUCAUUGCAGCCUGACUAGUGCCAAUAUAUCCCAUCAUGUAGACAAGUUUCAUAGCGAUAAUCGAAUCAGUAUACAAAUGGUUGGAGUCUUGGUACCUGCCUCUUUAUACAAAUUGUACGCUCAACUUGUCGAAACUUCAGUGGAUCAGUGGAAUAUCCAUUUGGAAACUGAUCAAAGAACACUCGCUAGUAACAAGGCUAUUCCAAAUGAUAUACAAAAACAGUUCCAACAGCCUUUUCCUUACUUCCAUCAAACUUGUGAGGAAUGCUUUGCACUAGUUGAGUCUUUGGGAAAAAACCAUCAACAAUAUCACGUGAGUUGGAAAUAAGAUAUAGUAAGAUAAUGAUAAA